UUGCUUUACCCGUUGGCCACUUCUAUCACAACAGCGUGUGUGCUGCGUGCGUGUGUGCGUGUGUUCGUGUGUGUGUGUGUGUGCUCCGUUGCCGUCCGGCUCGACAAGAUCUAACCACUGGCAAAUCGGGAUAAGACACGCCCCGUCCAAUUACCUGUUAAUAUUAACAGGCGGCCCCCCAACUGGCUGACCCACAACUGGCUGAGCGGGCGCACUCAUCUCUCAGGGGCACACACCAAGCAACAGCAGCACCACAACAGCCGCACAAUGGGCAAGAAGAACUCCAAAUUGAAGCAGGAUACCAUUGAUCGUCUGACAACGGACACAUACUUUACCGAAAAGGAAAUACGUCAAUGGCACAAAGGUUUUCUCAAAGACUGCCCGAACGGUCUGCUGACUGAACAAGGAUUCAUCAAAAUUUACAAGCAAUUUUUCCCAGACGGUGAUCCCAGUAAAUUUGCCUCGUUGGUAUUUCGAGUAUUCGAUGAGAACAAUGAUGGAGCUAUUGAAUUUGAGGAAUUCAUACGUGCGUUGUCCAUAACAUCGCGAGGAAAUCUGGAUGAGAAACUGCACUGGGCCUUCCGUCUCUAUGACGUCGACAACGAUGGCUACAUCACGCGAGAGGAAAUGUACAAUAUUGUCGAUGCAAUUUAUCAAAUGGUGGUAAGUGCUCGAGGAGUCUCGAAGGAGCAACAGAGCGUAAAGGGAGUCACAUGA